AUGUCCGAAUACACAGCUGGCGCAGCCGGCAUGACCGCCGUUGACAACAGAGACUGGGAAACCGCCAUCACUCAGCUCUCCAAGGCGAUCAAGGUCAUCAAAUCCCCCAAGUGGCUCAUCGGCCGCUCCAAGGCCUACAUCGGCACAAAGGACUUCCGCCGCGCCCUCCGCGACGCCGAGCUCGCUCAAGUCGCCGCCGCGGGCCGCAACAACCGCCCCUUCAUGGCCGACGCGCAGUACCGCCGCGCCGUCGCCCACUUCCGUCUCGGCGAGCUGGCCAACGCGGAUACCUGCGCGACCUGGGCCCAGCGCAUGGUCGAGGGCAAGAGCAUGGCUGAGCUGAGGGCUCCCGAAGUCGAUGACAAGGGGUUUGCGCAGGGUACCAGGAAGGUGCUGCAGGACGAGAUAACGGCUGUCCGGCAGACGGAGGAUCCGGCGCAGAGUAAAUUUGGCGCGAUCUGGAACUCCAUUUGCGCUUUGCGGCUGCAGAUCCUGGGCGGGCUGGAGAAGCUUGCCGAGGACGACGAGAAGAGAAAGGUGACGGUCAAGUUUGCACCUGACGUUUCGCUCGAUGCCCCCGACACGGACGAGGUGGAGGAGUUUACAAAGGAGGAGAUUGAGGUGGCCAAGGCCGAGGCGGUCGCGAAGCCGCAGCCAAAGAAGGAUGUGCGCGUGGACUUCUUCCAGAGCAGUACCACUUUGACGGUCACUGUCUUUGCGAAGAACAUCCCCAAGGACGACUUCAAGGUCGACUAUGGCGAAGCUUUCCAACAGAUCAGCAUGUCACACAUUCCCGGCCAUGAGCCCUCUUACACGAUCCACCUCCACGGCCGCAUCGACCCCGCUGGCUCCAAGCAUACCGUCACCGCGAACAAGAUCGAGUUCCAACUCAAGAAGGCGGAGGCCGUCAAGUGGCCUACACUGCAACGUCCCGCCGACAGCGUCGCCCCGGCAGCGAACAAGUCCAACCCAUCGCCCGCUACAACCGCAAUCGCGCAACCCAAGGCCGCCGCGACCUCCGGCCCCGCAUACCCGACCUCUUCCAAGUCCGGACCCAAGAACUGGGACAAGCUCGAAGGCGCCGACGACGAUGAUAGCUCCGAUAUCAACGGGUUCUUCAAGACGCUGUACAAGGACGCCACGCCAGAGGCACGACGCGCCAUGAUGAAAUCCUUUACCGAGAGCAACGGCACCUCGCUCAGCACCGAUUGGGAGGACGUCAAAAACCGCAAGGUCGAGACUGUGCCUCCCGAAGGUGUCGAGGCUAAGAACUGGGAGUCUUGA